AUCCGUUCAUUCCAUCUUCGUAACACGAGCACUAAAAGCUUACAGCCAUGGAUCUCUUUGCCCAGAGGAUCAGUGAUCCGUCGCAGCUGGACUACUGCCCCGUCGAAGACUUCGUUCGUGAGGUUCCGGAACCGCGACUGGCGGAGGUGGUGGCUGCUCGCCUCCGUGACGUCUCCCUGUACCAGCUGCUCGGCUGGGCCACCUCGCUCGUGCUUGCGGUGCUCGCUCUGGUGUGCAUGGUGUGCAAGGUGUACAGUCGUCUCACGGUGGGCAGAUGCACCUCCAACAAGGACUUGACCGGCCGCACGGUGAUCAUCACGGGCGCCAACACUGGCAUCGGCAAGGAGACAGCCAAGGAGCUGGCACGGCGCAAUGCCCGAGUCAUCAUGGCCUGCCGGAACCCGGAGAAGGCGGCAGCGGCUGCCAAGGAGAUCCUGGACGAGACCGGCCGCCAGGUGGUUGUGCGCAAGCUGGACCUGUGCUCCUUCAAGUCGAUACGCGAGUUCGCCGACGACAUAAACAACAGCGAAGAACGCCUCGACGUGCUCAUCAACAACGCCGGAAUCGUCCCUUUUCCGGACCGAGUGGAAACGGUUGACGGAUUCGAGCAAACUCUGCAGACGAACCAUUUGGGACCCUUCCUACUUACGAACUUACUUCUCGGCAAGCUAAAGGCCAGUGCUCCUAGCCGCAUCAUCACGCUGUCGUCGCUCCUGCACCACUUUGGCCGCAUCGACCCCGGCCGCCUGGACUACGCCGAGUACCGGGUGCCCAUGCAGGUGUACAGCGACACCAAGCUGGCUAACGUGCUCUUCACCAAGGAGCUGGCCCGGAGGCUUCUCGGAACCGGCGUGACAGCCAACGUUCUUCAUCCUGGCGCGGUGCAGACGGACAUCAACAGCACCUACGUCGGCCUCAUGAACAUCACGAUGAACGCUCUGUUCUACUUCUUUGGCAAGACACCUCAGGAAGGUGCGCAGACUUCCAUAUAUCUCACCGUCUCUGACGAAGUCGCCAAGGUGACCGGCCAGUACUUCAUGGACUGCCGGCGAGCCCUGCCCAGCAAGAACGCCGAAGAUCCGACACUCGCCAGGAGACUCUGGGAAGUCAGCGAAAAACUCACCGGCCUCAGUAUAUGACGACGUGGAGCGAAAAAGUGAUGGCGUUGAGGUUCGAGGGUAUGGUUUAGAGAUUUCGCAAU